AGUAGUGGUCGGAAAGAAGAUAACACGAUAUCAUGAUCGUCCACGUGGCAAAACACUGGAACGGAAUAAAAAAUUAGUUGCUUAGCCAAAAAAAAAAAAAAAACUCCUCGUGCCACCGAACCAAUCGGGCCGCCCUUUUCUACCGCCGGCUAAAUUUGACGGUCACAUAUAGGACCCAAAAAAACUCUCCACCAUGUCCACUCUUCCUUUCGCGCCUUCUGUCACCCAUGCGCACUUUAGCCACUCCCUCUCCCCCAUGUUUAUCCUGCGCCGUCUCCCUCUCACCCGCCAUCUCCGCUUAUCCCGUAACAACCGCGUCGCCUCUGUCGUAUCCGCCGCCGCUGUUCGCCAGGACGCCACUCUCUGGACCCCGGCUCCGCUCUCUCUUAUCGAAUCGGCCGCUGAAUCGCUUUUCCACAUCUCGAUCGAUAUUUCAAACUCCCCGGAUCUCGUAGCUUCCCACACGCGACCCGGUCAGUAUCUCCAGCUCCGUGUUCCUGAUGUCGAGAAGCCUUCGUUUCUGGCAAUCGCUUCUCCUCCUUCCUUCGCGGCUUCUCGUGGUGCUUUCGAAUUCUUGGUCAAGAGCAUCGCUGGAUCUACUGCAGAGAUUCUCUGCGGGUUGAAGAAAGGGGAGACCGUAGAGCUUAGUCCUGUGAUGGGUAAUGGUUUCAAUAUGGAUCAGAUUGAUCCUCCAGAGGAGUUUCCCACGGUUUUGAUUUUCGCCACUGGAUCUGGGAUUAGUCCCAUCCGCUCACUAAUCGAGUCAGGAUUUGGUGCUGAUAGAAGAUCUGACGUAAGGCUAUAUUACGGGGCCAGGAACCUAAAAAGGAUGGCUUACCAGGAUAAGUUUAAAGAGUGGGAAUCAUCGGGUGUCAAAGUUGUGCCGGUAUUAUCACAGCCAGAUGAUGGGUGGAAAGGGGAAACCGGAUACGUGCAGGCUGCUUUUGCGAGGGCUAAACAACUUUCAGCUCCCAAGGCCACGGGAGCGGUGUUGUGCGGACAGAAACAAAUGGCUGAGGAGAUAACCACAAUGCUUGUAGCUGAUGGGGUCUCCAACGACAAGCUGCUCAAAAACUUUUGACAGAUAUAGUUCUUGUAUUAUCAUAUAGUUUUACUGUUACAUUAUUCUUUAGAUACCAAAGUCUCUUCAAGGCCUCUAAUUCAUAAACACAGAUUUUUGUAAUCCCUUAAAAGAUUACUAUUACUGUGUUGAUUGUCCCCACAACAUUCAUUUUGAUUAUUGAUCAUGUUAAUGCCCAUA